AUGUCAGCAUCACAUGUCGGCCUUGGUGAACCACACGUCACCAGGACCGGCUAUUCGCAUCCCGGCUGGCAAGACGAGCUGGAUUCGACUAACGCGGUCCAGCAUUGGCAUGGCCUCACACAGCGUACAGCGCCCUUCAGUGAUGGUUCGCCUGUAUCGCAAUGGCCCAUCGCUCCCCACAGGUGCUUUGACUACGAAAUCCACCCGGAGCCAGAGGAUGCGGGAACAUACUUUUACCAUUCGCACGUCGGGUUUCAAGCCAUUUCAGCUGCUGGAGCUCUCAUCGUUGAGGAUGUCGGACCACCUCCAUUCCAUUAUGACGAAGAGCGCAUUGUACUCAUUCAAGACUAUUUCAACAAGUCAGACGAGACGAUUGAGAAGGGACUGAGAUCAGUGCCUUUUGUUUGGUCUGGCGAGACGAAUGCAGUUCUGCUGAAUGGCGUUGGUGUAGCAAUUGGAGAGAAGGCAGGACAGGGAAACUGCAAACUGCCAGUCAUCGACGUAGAGCCAGGUAAGACCUACCGCAUGCGCUUCGUGGGUGCGACUGCCUUGUCGCUGGUCGCCCUCGGAAUUGAAGGCCAUUCCAGGAUGGAUGUGAUUGUGGCAGAUGGGAGCUAUACACAACCGCACACUGUCGAUCAUAUGCAGCUUUCUUCUGGGCAGCGGUUUGAUGCCAUCAUGUGCACAAAGACAGUAGAGGAACUUGGCAACCAAACCGACUAUAUCAUUCAAUUCGAGACAAAGGACCGACCAGCUGUAUAUACCGGAUUUGGCGUUCUACGCUACCCCAGUACUUCCCCAAAGAUCACGACCGCUCCGGCCGUGAAGCCCUUGACACUUUCAAACGCUACCUACGACUUUCUCGAAUAUGCGCUCGAGCCGCUCGUACCCAAUGACUUCCCCACGGCAUCUGAAGUCACGCGACGAGUACACGUCACCAAUGCUCAAAUCAGACAGUCAGCAACUAUUUGGCAAUUGGACGGACUGAAUUGGACCGAAGACACAGCUGCCAACUCCCCUCCAUACCUGGUUGACAUCUACAAAAAUGGCCCCGUCGCAAUGCCAAACUACACUGCCGCACUCGCGAACGGCGGUUGGGAUCCGUACUCGCUCACCUGGCCCGCCAAGCUAGGCGAAGUCAUCGAGAUCAUUCUCGAAAACACCGGAAGUCUUGUAGACAACAACGGAGGUUACGAUUACCACCCCUUCCAUCUCCACGGUGCACAUUUCUAUGACUGCGGCAGCGGAAACGGCACAUAUGAUCCUAUCGAGAAUGAAAAGAAACUCGCGAACUACCACCCUGUGAAGCGCGACACCACGAAUUUGUAUCGUUACCAGACAAAAGGCACGGCGGGCAAAGCAAUGGGCUGGCGCGCCUGGCGUAUCAGGGUACAAAAUCCGGGCUGCUGGAUGCUGCAUUGCCACGUAUUGCAGCACAUGAUCAUGGGCAUGCAAAGCGUAUGGAUCAUGGGUGACUAUGAAGAAAUUGCGACGAUUCCGUACUCAGGCGCCGAAGGAUACCUUGAGUUUGGAGGAACGGCAUAUGGAGGCCAGGAUAUCACGCCUGUGGUUAAUCAUAAUUGGAAUGACUAG